AUGUCUGGCAUCACGUGGACAUUGGAUCCGUUGUCACGCGUGCGACGGCCGCGCAGUCGCCCUCCGCUGACCCGAAACAUCACUCGGACGCGGAUCCAGAGCUACGCCGACUUUGAGACGUUGAGCAACGCUCCGACCUAUCCGUCCGGACAGAUGACAAGGGAUGAGUUCUUCGCCACUUUCACUCGUGUUUCUAAUUACAACCGUCGGAAUGGCAUCCGAAGCAGUGGCGCACCCGCUGUCGACUGGGCCUCAAUCAUACCCGACAUGUCCGGCAGUUCGGGCGACGCCGACAAAGACGACUCAUUCAUGAAUAUUCUCAAGAAUGCCAUUUCGUCAACUCCGCAGACGAGUGGCAGAGGGAAGGCUUUGGCCAUCACUCCCGCGCCGUCGAGCGCCCGCUCAGCCGCUAAACGAUCGACAGUUAGCGUCCACUCGAGCGCCAAACGGUCGGCGACCAAAGGGGCGCUCAAACCGUUGCCUCAAUUAGUGAAUCAAAUGACACCAAUCGCCUCCUCAUCUGCAAAGAGUCCGAAGAUAGCGACUGUCAUUAGAAAAUCGCUGAACAGAACCGCUAAAGAGAAGACUCCAUCUCAAGAGACGCGAUCUUUUAUGCAGCGGAAGAGCUUUGUUCCCGAAUAUAUGGAGCGAACAGUACUCGAGUCGAGUCCAUACGGCUCUCCAUUCACUCCAAUCGUUAAAACAAUGAUUAAGAAGAAGAAGAGAAAUCAAUCGACAAAUAAUAUGUCGACGUUUAACAACACCACUGCUGUCGACAACACGACUUUCUUCGCCGAUAACACCACUAAUCAAAUGCACCGCUCUUUCCGGUCGACCACUACUCAGACUAACGACAGUUUGCGACGAAUGAGUGAAGUCUGCGAUCAGACCUUUGAUGUGCCCAUUAAUGACAAAUCGAUGGGACAGUCGUUCACUCGAAAGCUCGACCGAUACAGGAGUUUAGAGACGGGUCGCGAUAUCGCCGACGCCAACACCGAUUUGAUCCCUGGCCUCGACUUAAGCAUUAGUUUUGCCAACAAAGAAGUGACAGAAAACAUAGCGAAGCAGAAGAAACAGUCUGUCGAAGAGCUCAUCGAUAACGAUGGCCACGAGAUCUCUGCCAUUGAAGGAAAUGCCAAUGAAAUAUGUAUUGCAGAUAAAGAUUUGGAUUACAUCUCUGCUGCCGAUGAGGUCUUUGUUGUCGAUGAAGUCUCUGCUGUCGAUGAGAUCUCUGCUGUCGACGAGGUCUCUGCCAUCGAUGAUAUCUCUGUUGUCGAUGAGAUAUCUUCUAAUGAAGGCGAAGAUAUCGAUAAGGAAUCCAUUGGAGAUGAAUGUGUCGAUGAGGUCGACGGCGAAGACAAGGAAGAGGUCGCCGACGAAAGCGAUGCAGAGAUUGCCGUCGAAGACGAGGAAGAAGUGGACGACGAAAGUGAAGCAGAGAUUGCCGUCGAAGACGAGGAAGAAGUGGACGACGAAAGUGAAGCAGAGAUUGCCGUCGAAGACGAGGAAGAAGUCGACGACGAAAGUGAAGCAGAGAUUGCCGUCGAAGACGAGGAAGAAGUCGACGACGAAAGCGAUGCAGAGAUUGCCGUCGAAGACAAGGAAGAGGUCGACGAAGAAAGCGAUGCAGAGAUUGCCGGCGAAGACGAGGAAGAGAUUGGCGCCGAAAUUAAUGCAGUGAUUGGCGACGAAAUUGAUUCAGUGAUUGGCGGCGCAGACGAGGAAGAGAUUGGCACCGAAAUCGAUGCAGGGAUUGGCGGCGAAGUCGAAGAGAAUGUCGCAGAAGAGAUCGACAAUCAAAUCGAGGCACAGAUCGGCGGCGAACUCGAAGAAGAUGUUGAGGAAGAGAUGGUCGGCGCCGUCGAAGCAGAAAUGGGCGGUGAAGUGGAAGAAGAGUUGAGACGAUCGAAACGAAAUCGAUUACCAAUAAUGGAGUUCUGGAGGGGACAGAGGGCUGUCUAUAAGAGAGACAGCACUGGAAUCACUGAAAGAAUCGUAACCGUUAUGGAAGGCUCUCAAGACAUCACCAAAAAGCGAAAGAACACAAAGAGAGGAACGAAACGGAAAUUAGAUUUCGGCCAAAAGAGAGACAAAGAAAUAAAUAUAUUUGAUUUAUCACUGCAUAAGAAAGUGAAGACAAAAAACGACAACAAAAACGCGACACUAUUUAAAUCGUUUGAGUCGUUGGUCUGGAAGCCGAGCCCUCACAGCGAAGGCGUCGACAUCGCGAUUGUCAAUAAGAACAGAGCCAAAGGCGAAGUGAUAGGAAUGGUUAGACUCCAAGAGUUGGCCACUAAGAAGAAGUCAUUGACCGCCGACUACGAGACACAUCUCACCGUCACUUACGGCGCCCUUCAGCUCAAACUCGAUGACUCGAAAUGUAUUAUUAAAACUGGCGAUAGUUUUACCAUUGAGUCCAACACUAACUACUCGUUAUGCAAUUUACGCAAAGACAUCGCAUACCUGUCGUUCACUAUAUUGAAAGACUAA